AUGUGGAUGGAUCACAAGUUUGUGUGGGACCCCAAGGAGUACGGCGGCGUGGAGCAGCUGUAUGUGCCCGCAGAACACAUCUGGCUCCCCGACAUCGUCCUCUACAACAACGCGGAUGGGGAAUACGUAAUCACCACUCUGACCAAGGCCAUGAUUCACAACGACGGCCGCGUGCUCUGGGAUCCGCCGGCCAUCUUCAAGUCCUACUGCCAGAUCGACGUACGCUACUUCCCCUUUGACCAGCAGCAGUGUUUUAUGAAGUUCGGCAGCUGGACAUAUGAUGGCCAUCAGAUCGACCUGCGGCACAUAGAUCAGACGCCCGACUCCAAUUUUGUGGAGCUCGGCAUUGACCUGAAGGAGUAUUAUCCGAGCGUGGAGUGGGACAUUCUCGGAGUGCCGGCCACGCGUCACGAGAAGUUCUACCCGUGCUGUGUGCAGCCCUACCCAGAUAUCUACUUCAACGUGACGCUGCGGCGGAAGACGCUGUUCUACACGGUGAACCUCAUCAUCCCGUGCGUGGCACUCUCCUACCUCUCCGUCCUGGUGUUCUACCUGCCGGCCGACUCUGGGGAGAAGGUGGCCCUCUGCAUCACCAUUCUUCUCUCCCAGACCAUGUUCUUCCUGCUUAUCUCCGAGAUCAUACCCUCCACGUCUUUGGCGGUGCCGCUGCUCGGCAAGUACCUGCUCUUCACCAUGAUUCUUGUCACCAUUUCUGUGAUCUCCACCAUCGUCAUCCUGAACAUCCACUACCGGAAGCCGUCCACGCACCGGAUGGCGCCCUGGGUGCGGCGCUUCUUCCUGCAGGAGCUGCCGCGCCUGGUGCUGAUGAAGGUGCCGCAGCGGGCGCCGCCGCAGCCGCAGACGCCGUUCGAGCCCACCCAGCCUCCGGGGGCCACCCUGCCCGGACAGUUUCACCCGGUGCAUGCCGAGGUGGCCGACAGCGCCCGCCUGCAGGCGCUCAACUUCUUCGGCGACGAGCGCCGCUUCCCGUACGAGAUCGAGCGAGCUAUCCAGAACGUGCAGUUUGUGCACCACUGCUGGAAGGUGCAGGAUCAGUUUGAUGAGGAGGACCAGGACUGGGCCUUCAUCGCCACCGUCAUCGACAGGGUGCUGCUGAUCGUCUUCAGCGUGGUCUCGCUGCUCGGCACGCUCAUCAUCCUGUGCGACUCGCCGUUCCUCUACGACACCACGCAAGCCAUCGAUAUUCAGCUGUCAGAGGUCGCCCAUCAGAUGGGCAUGUUCGCGGGCGAGGCGUGAGAGGCGCGGACAUGUGGUGAACCUUGACGACCGGGUGACCUGGUGAUUGACGGUGCCCUUGGUGACCUGGCGACCUAGUGACCGAGCUCAACAGUGAUGAAAAAAGUGAACACAACGGUGACGGGGAGUGGGGAGCAGUGGCGAGGCUGUUCACUGUUGGUUCGUUGCUAGUUUGGCCGCUGACUGAACUGUGAUCAGAGGGUGACAGGGCGAUGGACGUGGCAUGGACACAGAGACGACGGAUCCCGUUAGAGACGAGAGUAGCGACACGUCCGGUAGAUAUAAUGCUGGCUCUCUAAUGCAAUGGCGAAGGGAGAGCAGCGCGACGAUGGGGAGAGCUGGAGAGAGAUGGAGGGAGAGAGAGAGAGAGGGGGGAGAGAGGGAAAGAGGGAGAGGGAGUGAGUGAAAACUAGGCAGAGAAGAGCGGGAGUCGGUAUCGGUUUGACAAGCGGGUGAUAUCGGUCGGUUACGCAGCUAUGCUGGAGGAAUAUGCAGUGUCACUAGGUGGUGCGUACAGUGACGGAGCUGAGGAGUGGCGGAGUAAAUGGGCGAGGAGCGGAGGAGUGAAGCGGAGACGUCCGCCGGCGCUGUUUUGGCAGGCUGCUGCCGGUCGCUCUCAGAGCAGCUGACGGGCCGACACUCGGAGCACGCUAAACCCGAUAAAAAGGCUGACGACGUGCCACCAACUUGAGAGGAAACUUUGCAACUUGGCGCCGGGGGAGGCUGCAGCAUAGAGUGAUCAUUCAGGAUGUUUCCUUCGAAGGCGCUCGAAGUUGGCGCUCCGCGAGCCAUUCACAGAUAAUGUGUUCGGAUAUUCACUGUCAGAAAAGCCACAGCGCUCCCACUUUUUUUUCUCCAAAGAGUCCCUUUAAUCACGGACACGUUGCCGGAGAUGGCGCUGUGUAUAAAGGCUGCAGAGCCUGUGAUGGCACCGGCUCAAAUGGGACUGGUCCCCUAAUGAUCAACAUAAUGACUUUAGUGCUUAAUAGUGCGCUGAACGUCGGACGUUUAAUGCCGAGCGAACGCCCGGGCCGACUUCGCCAGCGCCUCAAAACGCCGACGAGGCGAUUUUGCUUCGCAGAAAUGAUGCAUUAAUCAUUUCCAAUGUCGAUUAGGAAUAAUUGGCAUUUUGUUACGUUUUGUCAGCGGAGCUCAAGUAAAUCGUACCUCAGUGACAGCUGUUGGAAUUAGGAUCGCAGACUGGCAGACAUGAGCUUCCAUAUUUUAUCCGGCAGUGACAUCCCGCACGGACUUUUGACUUAUCAAGCGGCAUAAUUGCGCUAGGAAAACACGGACGAAGCUUUAUAUGCCGAAGCACAUUUUUACAAUCAGAAUUAUUAUAAUACUCAUUUGCAUCGGAUACAUUAGAUUGCACCUUUCCAUGAUAAUAUGCACACUGCUCAAAGUUCUUGCAAGAUUCAGUCUGAGCUCAUUACCGGGAUCAAUUACACGGUGCUCAUAAAUCAUACUCACAGGCUAGAUUUUAGCGUAAAGUUUUCAUACAAGUGUACACACAUGCAAGUGCUCAGCUCUUUUAGUCUGGCCAGCUCAAGCCUCAUGCCCUGUGUUAGUGCUGACUUUGUGUGGUCUGGUAGGGUUUGUUUGUGUUUGUUUGGCUCCUUGUUACUUUUAUUUAACAUCCUUAUUUAUCUAGCUGCUGGUGUUCCAGCUAGAGCCCAUUCUCGGGAUUUUGCUACCAUCCGUCGGAGUGGGAUCUCGCUCCGCUACAUCGACCCGUUAAACACGACCCUUUGUCCGUUUCUGCCGCUUCCUCGGUCCGGGUGUUGCCAGUUAUCUAGAAACUCACACAAAGAACUGGCCGAGACUGCUCGCUCUAUUUGUGGGGAUUUCUGCCGUAGCGCUCUGUUGCCACGAAACGAACUGAGAUCGUGUCACGCAGAGCGGGAUACCUCCACCACAUUGUGACUGGUUUCGCGGCCGGUUUACGACUGGAGUCCAUUUCCUUGUUCAAAUGCAGCUGGAAUUUAUUGUUGCCGUGGCAUUCGGCAGUCUUGAUGCAGCUGGAGACCAAAGCAGAGCGCCGGUCUCCCAUCACAGAGAAAAUGACACCACUGCUCGGGCCGGUAUCGAUCCACAGUGGCGAGCGCGGAGGUCGCGGACGGCCGCUGGGUCGGCUCCGUGCGGCCCGUUAGCAGGCGUUCCAAACCGAGGCACGCUCCCGACGAAACGGGACGCGUCGGCCUCGCCGCGAUCCGAGCCGUUUGUCGCAGCUCUGGAACGCUGGUGCGUAAACGAAUCGGAUGGUUUCAGGACGAGUGAGCACAGCGCGAAUCACUGCCGGGUGCGAGCAGGAGAAUUCCGACAGCCGCCGCGAGCUGACCCGGCCGACAGCGGGCGAUCGAGAGCCGCAAGACGUUCGUGAUCACAACGAUCAAUAGCGCGCGGAUGUUACCGACUGAGACAUGUGCCACUGACGUGGCUUGGCUUUGAAGUUCUCGAUCAGACAGUCGUCAUUCCAGUCUCAACUACUGAGGAAUAGGCUCAGUUUCUUCGAGGAUGGGCUAUCCGAACAUGUCUAAGGGUUUGUUUGCGCAUGGAUUGAUCGUUCAAUAAUAGCGAAGCCACUGAGAUGCCACUGGGCUAUUUCUAGGCCUCGGGGGUUAUCUCGCGGGGAUACUACCAAAAUAGAUUGCUGACCUCAGUUCGGCACACCCGAACGAUGCAAACGAACGAUACUCGACCGAACGACUUGCGUAUAGUCCUUUCCAUGACCGAGCAUUGGACACCGAUUUAAUUGAAAUUAAAAGCAAAGAAGCCAACCAAUCGACAUUUCAUUUGAAAGGCUCUUCUAGCAAACAACCACUACCUACAUAAAAUUUUCUAGUUAGAUAAGUACCAAACGGAUCAAACGGAUCAAAUGGGUGCCCAAUAUUCCGUUGUGAGAAGUCGUGAUAAUGACAACUUUUAUGGAAAUAUGGUGCCGAAAGAGAUCAUGCCUCGACUAUAUGAUGGACGAUGGUGUCAUGUAUGCAGACCUCGAUUGAACUGGAUAGUAACAGUGUGGAUGAGCUCAUAAGCGGGCACCCUAUGCAAUACAACAUCAGCAAUGUCUCAUAGGCUACAUAAUCUGCUCGAAUGUAAUCGCAACUUGUUGACGUUGUCGCCACAUGUCCCCUAGGGGCUCGGUGUAUCCCCGGAGCCGGAGGCGGGUCCUCUGGGUCCAGGACGGGGUCCCGGUGCGGAUCCUGCGGAUCCUGUUCGAAGGGACCGGCCACCGGUUCCGAGUCACUUGCUCAAUGUUACGCGCCGCCUGUUUCGAUGGUGGUGCAGUAUGCGGUGGUUGAUCUGAAUCUUCAAGAUCUGGCAGCAAUAACGAGUGUUAAUUUGGCAGCUUUGGAUGCGUGCGUGAUCACUGAUCUGUGGUGUAUAAAGUGUGCGUUUUCGCGUGUACCAUAUCUGCGUACGUGUCUGUAUGCGCGGAUCUGUUUACGUUUGAUCAUCCCUGCUGAGCGCUAGCGAUAUAAAUGUUUGCGGGCUACAGAGCCGAGAGAAUAGAACAGCACCUACCUACACUCAAUCAGUUCUUACAGUCACCCAGCUAUAGCGCAUACCUCUAGCAUCCCUAUUUUCUGUCAUCCACUGUGAGCGGGACGCGUCAGACUACGGCGGUGUUAUGGUGUCAUCAGGCCGAUCAGUAAAAGUCAUCGGGCGCAUUGGAUGCGCUGUUCUGUACCUAUGUGAUGACGAGGCCCAUCACCGGAGGGAGGCCAGGGUGCAUAUACCUACCGUUUGCUGUGGAUGCAUGUGGUGGACCUGAGAUCGGGAAGAGACGGCUGCUGAGAGCGGCUCAAAGAGCCCGCUCUGCGCGUCAUACGGGGCCCGGGGGAUGUCCGGUGGACUGCGACUGACAUCAGUUGGGUGUGAGACAAUCAGCGAGCGAGGGCUUUUUACGUUGCAACUCCGGUGGAUGUCAAUAAACGGGUCGAUUUCGGUCGU